GUUUAUGUGACAUUGAUAAAUCAAAACCUUUCGAAGGAAGAAAAGGUUUUGAUUAGCAAAUGAACAAAGUAGUGCAAUUCAUGAAGUCAUUGCCUGGUCUGAUAUUAAUAUUAGCAUUAGUAACUGUGCUAGGUGCAUUGUUAUUUCAAAAAAUUGAAGGUCCAUAUGAACAGCGAUCCAGGACACACGUAUCUAAGACAAGGCAAAAAAUUUUUGUCCUAGCUCAACAGUUAGCUAAAAAAGGUAGUAAUGCUGAUUGGUCAAAAUUAGUUGCUCAAGUGGAUAGAUAUCGUGAGAAAUUAUAUGAAGCAUGGUUAUGUGGUACAGAUGAAUUAACUAUAGAUAUACCGACAAAAUGGAAUCUUUGGGGUAGUAUCUAUUAUUGUUUCACAUUAUUUACAACUAUUGGUUAUGGUAAUGUGUUUCCAUCCACUGCUGUUGGUAAACUACUAACUAUUCUUUAUGGUAUGAUUGCCAUACCAUUGUGCAGUUUGCUAAUAAGUCGAAUAUCAGAUGUUAUUAUCAGACUGACUAAAGCAAUUUAUUAUAUGACACUUGAUCCUUCUGGAGUUCCAGUUGGAUUAAGAGAAGCUUAUCAUAGAAUUGAUGCAACUUUCGACUUUCGAGUACUUCCUUGCAUAUUAACAUUUGUAAUCUAUCUAGCAUUUGGAGCUGGGAUAUAUUCUUAUAUAGCUGGACAAAAGGAAUUAGAGUGGAGUAUUUUGGAUUUAAUUUAUUUCGCAUUUAUUUCAUUAUCAACUGUUGGAUUUGGAGAUUUAGUACCAGAAACUGAUGUAUUUUUAGCAGUUUUAUCAAUUAUUUACAUAAUUAUUGGUUUAGCAAUUACUGGUAUUGUAUUUGGACGUUUAACUGAAGCAUUUGAAUAUGUUUUAUGCGGUCAUACUAUUGAUUCAACUGAAGAAAAUCUCAUAAAUUCUGAACAAAGUUCUAUUCAAUCAACAAAACUUUUGAAAAAUAGAACAAAUGUAACACAUUUAAAACAAAAUUAACUCAUUAAACAUUGAUUAUAAAGUAAUAAGAAAAGAAAUAAGUAAACAAUUAUUUCAUCAACAGUGAGAUGAAAUCUGAGGAUAAACUGAAUUAUAAAACUAUUAUCGAUUCAAAAUAUUUUCUUGGAUUCCUAUUUGUUGUUUGUAAAUGAGAACAAAAUCAUGUUGCUUAUCUUUAGUAUGUUGUUAUUAUUAAAAAAAAAGUGCAGUUAAUACUCAUUUUGUCGGUUUAUGAUUUUUUUUUUAUUUUGUAGAAGAAAUUUAUUUGAAGAAAACUGUAAUGUUAACUUUAGUUAGGAAGCAAGAUGAGGUGGAUUUUUAACCAAACAAAAAAUAAAGAAGAUAUACUGUAAUCAAAAUAUAAUUUCAUAUUUUUG